CUCUCUCUAAGCAAACAGCAUACACUUUGUGGCCGGACGGUUUCAACAGAAAAAUCAGCAAUAAGAAGUUCAGUUGGAAGAAAUAUUGGUGCCUCCAUGUUUCUGAAAAUCAAGAAGGAUACGUGGUGUUCUUUUCCUGGAAAGCUUUGACAGACCAACCAAGUAAAGAGGCAACAGUGUUGCACAGGUUCAUCCUCUACAGCAGUGUUGGAAUAAUUCCCCAGACGUCCUUCCUUGUUAUUUUCAGUGUAGUUUUUUGCUUCAAUGGCAGCCUCUUCAGCUGUGUGGAUUGCCUUGCUGUCCCUGCUGCAACUGGCCAACGGCUCUGUCACCUACAGGCACGCUCCAGAGCUCCAGUGAGAAUGGCAGCAGAUGGGCGUCCAGCCCCAGAGAUGGUGCCCCUAGCUGGGAUUACCGCCCCAGGUCUACCUAGCUACAAUGAGGCUCUGACCCGCAUUGGGCAGCACGAUGCUCCGCCACCUCCAUAUUCAGGGGGUGCGCCAUCGGAGAGUGCUGAUCCAGGAGACAACGAAUGAGAGGGCUGGCAUAGCCUCUUCAUUAUGCUUGAUGGGCACUGGUGGUUUGAGUGAACUUUGAAAUAUUGAAUUAUUUUUUGAUAUACUGUAUUUAUGAGUGAAGUUGGGACAGGUUGAUCUGCGUAUUACUGUCUAUUACUGAUUGUUGAGGGUGGGUACCAUGUUUGUGGUUGCACUGUUCACACAACAAUAGACAAUCCAUUCAUUCUACGUGUUUUAUA